AUGGCUUUCGAACCCACCGCCGAGCGGCUCCUGCCGGCAUCCAACUACCCGGAAUCUCGAGUCCUCAUUAUAAUGACGGGCGGGACCAUCUGCAUGCAACCAACCGCCGACGGACUUCAACCCAUUGGAGGUUUCCUGAAGAAUGCCAUGGCCCCGCGCCCCUCGUUCAACGACAAGUCGUCGCCUCCAGUUCAGCUUGAGGCCAUCAAGGACGGCCAAAAAAUAGUGCUCGACAGCUUGAGAACACCGCCAAGUGCCUACUCCCGCCACAUUCGCUACGGCGUGUUGGAGUUCAACCCGUUACUUGACUCCAGCUCCAUUUCGGCGGAAGGCUGGACCGAGAUCGCCCAGACCAUCCGAGAGAACUACCGCCUCUUCGACGGUUUUGUUGUUUUGCACGGCACUGACUCUCUGUCGUACACGGCUUCGGCCCUUUCCUUCAUGCUUUCUGAUCUAGGCAAGCCGGUUAUCCUCACUGGCUCUCAGGCCUCCAUCUUCGCCCUUCAAUCGGACGCCGUCGACAACCUCCUGGGCUCGCUCAUCAUUGCAGGCACAUUUGUCAUCCCCGAGGUUGGCCUGUUCUUUCACCACAAGCUGUUUCGUGGCAACAGGACCAGCAAGGUUUCGUCCGCCGCCUUCGAGGCCUUUGCCAGUCCCAACUGCGAGCCUCUGGCCAAGGUCAACGGACUGGGUAUCGAUGUUAACUGGCCCAUCGUGUUGAGACCUACCAGAAUCGCCGAGCUUCAGGUCACGAAGCAUCUCGAUACCGCCCACGUCGCGUGUCUUAGGGUAUUCCCCGGCAUCCGGCCGGAGAUGCUCGACUCGGUCCUGCGCGUUCCCGACCUGCGCGGUCUCAUUCUUGAGACCUUCGGCAUGGGUAACGCCCCCAGCGGUAUCGACGGCAGCUUGACCAAGGUCAUCAAAGCGGCCGUCGAUCGCGGCGUCAUCGUCGUCAACGUCAGCCAGUGCAUGAGCGGUUUCGUCUCGCCCGUCUACGGCCCCGGAACGGAACUCGGUCGCGCUGGCGUCAUUUUCGGCCUCGACCUCACCGCCGAGGCGGCUCUCACCAAGUUAUCGUAUCUGCUGGCCAUUCCGAAACUUUCGCCUGCCGAGGUCAGCGCGCGAAUGUCGCAGUCGCUGCGCGGCGAAAUGACCGAAAUGGCACUCCCGGUAUUUUCGCAUCCAUCUGGCUCACUCGACUCGGUCGUAGCCCGGCUAACGGCGUCAGAAUCGGCAUUUACCGUCCUCGGUUACGCCAUACGAAACGGCGAUGUCCGGACGGUGAAGGAGAUCCUGGACAGCGACGCGCAGCGCGAGCUCCUGAAGAUGGCUGACUACGCCGGCAACACUGUCGUUCACCUGGCCGCCGUCGGGCCCGAUAUCGAGAUUCUGCGCGAGCUACUGACGAGGGGCGCCAGCGUGCAUGCGCGGAACCGCGCCAACAACACACCGCUUUACCUCGCUGAGAAGACUGGCAAGGAGGAGUGCGUGCGCCUGUUAAAGGAGACGGGAGCGCAUUUGUGGCAGGAAGAGGAGGCUAUUCUGGGUUCUGUUCACGCAUCUGCACCUGCAUCUGGAGGAGUUCAAAAGUAG